AUGUUCGGGUGCAAGUGCUUCUAUUGGAAGAAACUCACCGAUUUAUUCCCACCAGAGCCUGAACCCUUCUCUCUGCCUGAUCCCAUUCCUCAGUGGCCUCCAGGUGAAGGUUUUGCUUCUGGAAAAGUAAGUCUUGGAGAAAUAGAGGUUUUUAAAAUCAACAGAUUUGAGUUCAUCUGGACCUGCUCUCUGCCAGAGGACAAGAAAAAAUGUGUUACAUUUUAUAAACCAGCGGGAAUACCUGAUGGAUUCCAUAGCAUUGGCCACUAUUGCCAAUCUAAUGAUAAGCCUUUACACGGUUUUGUUCUUGUGGUUAGAGAGGCCGAUAUGCCAGAAACAGCCGAUGUUUUGGAGCGCGUCAAGUCCCCGGCUCUCAGCAAACCACUUGAUUACACAUUAGUAUGGAGUCCUGACGAAGGAAAUGAGGAAAUUUAUGCUGCAUCUGGCUACUUUUGGCUACCUCAGCCACCUGAAGGUUACAAAGCAAUGGGAUUUUUAGUGACUAACAAGCCUGACAAACCUGGGCUGGAUGAAGUGAGGUGUGUUCGAGCUGAUUUAACUGACAGAUGUGAAACUUACACACUCAUUCUUAAUGCCAUUACAACAUCUCUAAAUCUUCCUUUUCAAGUUUGGACUACGAGACCACAUCAUCGGGGAAUGAUGGGGAAGGGGGUUUCUGUAGGUACAUUUUUCUGCAGUAACGACUUGGGCAUUGUAAAGGAUCUACACAUUAGAUGCUUGAAGAAUCUGAAUCCUAAGCUAUCUGGAAUGCCAAAUCUUGAUCAAAUUCAUUCACUUAUCAAUCAUUAUGGACCCACCGUUUUCUUUCAUCCAGAAGAGGUCUACUUGCCAUCUUCUGUUUCAUGGUUUUUCAAAAGUGGAGCAUUAUUGUACAAAUCUGGCACAUCUGUUGGUGAGGCUAUUGAUGGUAGCGGCUCAAACUUGCCAAGUGGGGGAACGAAUGAUGGCCAGUUUUGGAUUGACUUGCCGAAUGAUGAUCUAAGAGAAAUUAUAAAACAUGGAAACUUGGAAAGUGCAAAACUUUAUGUUCAUGUGAAACCAGCUCUUGGUGGGAUUUUUUCUGACAUUGCAAUGUGGGUGUUUUGCCCCUUCAAUGGACCAGCCACUAUCAAAGUUGGACCUCUGGACAUCCCUCUUAGCAAGAUCGGACAGCAUGUGGGUGACUGGGAGCAUUUCACACUCCGCAUCUGCAACUUUUCAGGAGAGCUUUGGAGUAUAUACUUCUCACAGCACAGCGGUGGCAAAUGGGUAGAUGCAUAUGAUUUGGAGUACAUAGAAGGGAAUAGAGCUAUUGUCUACUCAUCGAAAAGUGGACAUGCGAGCUACCCUCAUCCCGGGACUUACCUUCAGGGGUCAGACAAGCUUGGAGUUGGAAUAAGGAACGAUGCUGCUUGUAGUAAUCUAUCUGUGGAUUCGAGUGUCCAUUACGAACUUGUUUCAGCAGAGUAUCUUGGAGACGGGGUAAUUACUGAGCCAUGUUGGCUGAAUUUUAUGAGAGAAUGGGGUCCAACAAUUGUGUACAAUUCAAGAACUGAGCUUGAUAAAGUUAUCAGUCUUUUGCCUGUGAUGUUUAAAUAUUCAGUGGAGAACAUUUUCAGUAAGUUUCCAGUUGAGCUUUAUGGGGAGGAAGGUCCCACUGGACCAAAGGAGAAGAACAAUUGGGUGGGAGAUGAAAGAAGUUGA